AUGGUCCCAGGCUGGAUAUCUACAAUAGCAGUCAUGUACGCCAUAGGCCUCGUCUCUGGUGAUCAACCCAACUAUGACACAGGCUACUGCUACUACUGCGACGCACCCACCAACCCCGCCCUCGCAGUCCCACCACUCUGCGUAUCCGAAUGUCGUCCUGCCAUCAACUCCCUCUGCGGAAGCUCAGAUAGCCCAGUAGAUCUCAGCGUAUCCCACAACGCCACAAACAAAAACUGCCAAGUCCUCUACAAGCCCGCCGUCUAUGAGGUCCUUCGAGACGGCGCGCACGCCAAAAUCCCAAGCAGCGACGAAUGCAAAGCGACCUACGAGCAAAUCCUCUCCACCUGCGUCUCCACGAACGGGGCAAAACCCCACCAGGGCGCCCUUGGUGAAGCCGACGAGCAAUUCUGCACAAAGGCUGGAGGCGGCGGCACAUUCGGGUGGAAAGAUGAUGGCUGGGUGAUGGAGGACACGGCUCGGUACAUCAUCAGCUCCACCUCGACCGCGCACUGUGGCCAAACCAAAGCGUUCUGGCACGAUGAGAACUUGAAAUUGGUGACGUUCCCCAAUUUCGGGAUCAAAGCGGGCGAGCAAAUCGCUUUUGGGUCGCCUAACCCACCAUCACCACCACCUGCAGUGCCGCAGGUCAACCCGGAGGAUGUGAAGCCCAACCAGGAAUGCGGCGGUAACACGGGUACUCAGUGCACAUUCUUCAACAAGCCGUAUUACGCCAUGAAGGGGAAAGACCCGUGGAAAGAGGGCGGGAAGGAUGAUAUGCGGCAUCAGAUUGUAUACAAUGGGUUCUCGGAUGAAGAUGACGCUUCGCAGUCUUCGAAGAUGUUCAACUCGCUUUAUGAUCGUUGUGGGAAGUAUCCUGGCAACUUCCAAGGGUAUUUAGACGGAUCGCAUCGGGUCAUUGAUUUUGAUCUGUAUAGUCCGGGAAAGGACAUGUGUCGGUGCAUUGAGGACGCUAUCUUUGAUGCGAGUGGAGGGCUGGUGGUGCCGGAGAAGGAGUUCUGUAGUAGCUCCACGCACGGGAAUGUAGCUAGUCUGGCUGCGCAGUUCUUUAAUGUUCCUGUGCAUGAUGAACUGAGACACUAA